CUCCUUUGUGAUUUACAAUCAACAUCUUGGCCAACGCAAAGCUGGUCAGCAUUUCUCAGCCGCCCGAGGAAGAGAGUGUGCAUCUGGAACGAUCGGAAAACCCACACCUCAACUACCUCACCCAUGUCGCAUCUCACGUCCCCAGACUGGCACGAACUCGUCCCAUCCAUAGCUGGCUAUCCCGCGGGAAAUGGUUGCCGGUACGUCUGGCAGUUUCGAGGUCCCGCGCGCCGAGCCACAGGACAGAAGCAGAUGGUUCCGGCAGCUCCAAUCGGCACGCCAGGAGUGGCAGCUUGCUAGUUGGAGCUGGCUCAGCUGGUCGUGUGAGCACCGCACCGCUGGAACGUUAAGGUUUUGGAGAAGGCCUGCUGGUCGAUCUCGCUGUCGCGGGGCACCAGAAGCUUCGGACCCUCACGGUUCGGAACGUGGAGCUCCAAGGCCGGGUUCCUUUGCCCUUCGCGAAGCCUGCUGUUGGAUGCCUACGUCGGAUACCAAGGUAGGCAUGCCGUCUACGAUCAGUCUGUGCCUCGGAGCUCACUUGCUGCAACCCUCACCUAGCUUCUCGCGCGGCGUUAGGCUAGGAAAGAGCAAUCAUGAGUCCUCAACUUGGCAGAUCGUCGCUUCCUUGGGCAUCCCGUCGGGAAAGGAAGUCGGAGCAGAACUCGGGAGGAGCUCCGACCCGAAGCGGCCGAUCCACUG